UGCAGUCACAAACACACUCACAGCAAGUUCCAGCCUCCUAGGCUGGAAACUGGCUCCCAAAAUGUGGAGACAUAUUUGUCACCCGACCAACAGAGUGAGCAAUACAGCUGUUGAUCGCAGCUAAAGCUGUGAUGCUGAUAUUAGAGUUGAAGUACAUGGAUUAAUGGUACAUUAUUGUAUGCUAUAAUGUGUUAUAAAUCAUUAAUAAGUUAUUUAUCUACUGAUUAUAAAUACUAAAUCCUGUUGGCCAGAUCCUGAACCCACCACGCCACAUCAGAACAGACAGUAGCCAUACUGAAUAAAAGAGUAUUUAUAGAUUUAGAUCAAAGUCAUCAUGGCUUCUGGGUUAUAAUAUGCCAUGACACCACUCACACACAGAGGAGAGAUCAAAUACAACCUCUACGGUCUAUUCUAGUCGCACUCUAGUGGCACAUGACUGUCUGUCUGUCUAAGUGAUACAGAUGAGCUCAAUGUCCAGCAGGAGACACAGUAACACUGAGACAAAGCGACAGGAAUUAACACGUAGCCACGGACGCAUUUUUGUGCUAUAGAGUAUUUAAUCCCCGGUGACCAAGCGAUGAAUAGAUGAAGGUUUAGUGGUCAUAGCCCUGGUCUUCAUGUGCCGAUCCUCUGAGCUGAGAUGUUCUCUGUAUUUCUGUAUAUUUAGGUGAUGGUGCCUGGGGUUUAUGUGAGGUCAGGCUGGAUGUUAAAACUUUGUUUAAGCUGUGUCUUGUUGGACUUUGUUAAACUCAGGUUUAAGUCUGGCUUCUUAUGUGUCUCUUUCUCCCUUAAUUUCCUGUCAGCUUACUCAUGCCUGCCCAUUAAAGCCAAAAAGACUGUACUCAAAUAGUAGUGAGCAUGUGAAGAAAUAGUUGUUGUUGUUUUUUUUUUUGCUCAACAGCUGCACUCUUCUUAUUAUGUAACUCAUGUCCUAGACAGCACUUAACUGUAAACCCUGUUUCCAGCAACCAAAAUGCAAUUUAAACAGUUUGAAUGGAAAGUUGACCUCUUGUAUAUUUAAUCACUGCUGCCUCCUAGUGCCUAUCUGAUGUUUGGACACAUUCUUUUGCAGUUGAUAUCAAUCCAUAGCAUACAUACAUACAUACAUACAUACCCACUCAUGUUUCUAACAUAAUUCUGUAGAAAACUGCCAAUUAAAAUAGCAACACUUUCGGGCCUGUUCUCAUGCGACUUCUACACGAGAAUGGAAACUACCAACCACGUCUGAUAAGAACAUCCUUCCUGUGUACUCAGAUGAUGAACGCCUGAUAAACAUGGAACAAAUCUCACUGGUUGUGAUCAGAUCUCAGUUAGUCUUCUUUUCGUCUAUUCAAGCAACAAUCACACCAAAUUAUUUUGUUCUGCUCUUAUUAAGUUAAUUAUUAUUGUUUGAUCAGUGGUUGUUCUGCCUGUAUUGAGAAAAAUCAGAAUGACCCAUGUUCCUUUCUUCUGUUUUUGCCUCACUGCUGGACUCGCAGUGUCAUCUGCUCUCAGGAUUCUGGACAAACGUCUGAACUGCAAUCAAAAGGGUCUUGACAACUGUAAGAUUAGUAACUGCUCAGAGAAACGUAUGGUUGUAAAAGAAGCACCGUCUGGCCCAGAGUGGCAUUCUGAGCAGAUGGGAAUCUGGAUGGAUGAACAUGUGCCUGUUUCUGUUAUGAAUAUCACAUGGAGACUAAAGGCCAAUGGAGGUAUAGUCACAGUUCAUGGAUCAGAGAUAAAUAUUCUGGAUGAAAAUACAAAUCAAAGCAUGUGUGUGAAGUUUUCUUACAAAAUCAACAAUCAACUGAAUCCAGGAUUUCAGAGGUGGACAUUUUCCUUGGACGGAGUUGUGGUAGAGCCUCGACAUACAUACAUGGUGUCCGUUUUGAAUUUGCCACAGCCUGAUGAUACAGACGAGAUGAUCAGAAAGAAAAUUACAAUCCCAGGAUGUGAUGACAGGAGAAUCCAGAAGUCCCAAAUCUGUCGGCAAAAUGGCAGUCUAUGGAACCCUUACAUGAACGUGUCUGUGGAUAGGAAACAUGGAAAGUUAUGCAUUGUCGUGGGGUUUGAGGCAGCGCAAUAUUCAGAGAGAUACCAAGUCUCCAUCCAGAGUCAAGGCUUACAUUACUCAGAGAAUGUCACAAAGGGGAACAAAACAUCACUGGAUGUGACGUUUGAGUUUGAGUUCGGUCAGCUCUCACAAUGUGAACUGUUAGUAACCAUUCAUCCAUUUUUUAUUCGAUGCAAGAAUGACUGUUGGCGCCCCGAGAAAAUUAUCAAUUACUGUUCAUAUUAUCCACCACGGACUUUAAUUAUAAAGGCAACUGUAGGGCUGCUUGUCAUUGGAAGUUGUCUUGCUUAUUUCCUGUGGAGAGCAUCUCAUAAAGAUCCUGUGAACACCUCCUCUUCUGCUGCCAAAGAACAACCAGAAGGUUUUCAAGUGCAAGAGAGAAAAAGAGUCCUCCUCAUCUACUCCCUCGACCACCCUUUAUACAAAAACAUUGUUCUCAAGCUGUCUGCCUUCCUCACAAACAGAUGUGGGACUGAAGUGGUCCUGGAUCUGCUGGACUCUACAAGACUGGGAGUGUUGGGAAGCAUCCAGUGGUUGGACUGGCACAGAGAGCAAAUAGAAAACUCUUCAGAUAAGAUUUUAAUCCUGUGCUCUCGAGGAGUACAAGCCAAAUGGAGAGCCAUGUGUGGUGACAGACAGGUUUUUCUGAGAGAGGACGCCUGCUCACCUGUAGGUGACAUGCUCAGUCCAGCCCUCAGCCUCAUGGUCCCCCAUUUUAUCCGAUCUGCGUCAUUUGAAAAGUACAUCGUGGCUUACUUUGAUGAUGUCUGCUCUCAAGAAGACGUUCCUUCACCCUUUAACAUCACAGUACGAUACAGGCUGAUGAAACAGUUUGAGGAGUUAUUUUUCAGGAUCCUGGACACUGAAAAGCACGAGCCAGGCAGAGUGAAUCACAUUGAAGGGCUUUCAGAGGACGAGUACUACCUGUGUCCCUCAGGUAGAGCCCUGCGGGACGCCAUCGAGGCUUUUCAUGCGUACCAGCUGGAGCAUCCGCAGUGGUUUGAAGAUGAAUUACUGGAAAGCUCGGCGGUUAAGAGGACCUCAGCUGAGAUCUAUAUGGAGACAAAUGAAAGUGAUUUCACUGUUGAAGAAAUGGGACAUUACAUGACUGAAAAGUUUCAAAUGUGCAACUCGUUUGAGCUCAACCGUCUUUUGUUUUGUCAAGAAAACUCAGUUUGCAUCAAUAAUUAACGCCUCCUUUUCUGCUGCCAACCAGAAGAGUCCUCAUCAUCUACUCCCUCAACAGCAAGUAUAAGUAUUGUGUUUACUACAGUCACAGUUGUCAGACUCUUUCCUUCUGUAAUCGUAAACUCAAUUUUAUGAGGGUAGAUGCUCUUUAUAAUAUUUUAUAGUUAUACUGUUCAUUGGCUCAAGGUGGGGGGAUCUCUGAGAAGCCAGCAUCUAGUCAUUUUUGCUUGCUGCCAUGAGAAUGGAGUAAAUAUUUGUCCAUGUUAUCUUUUUAAAUGUUUCCCAAGUAGAAAGAGAGAAAAGUACUCAAUAUCGAAGCCUAGGAUCCUCUUGGUGGUGGCUUGCGCUUGAGUCCAGAAGGGCUGUAAGAUAGGGUAGCACCAAAUAUGAGUAUGGCCUGUCCACGUUGUCUCCAGCAUUGGUUCUGAUGUCUGAUUUGUUUUGAUUUCAAUUCAAACACCACUGGAUACAAACAUGUGAUAUCAUACUGGACGUAAAACACAAACCAUUAGCUGAAAUUUGAUCAGUGGAUGUAGAAGACUGGGACCAGUGACUUUCAAAAAAGUGAAUAUGUGGACACAUGACACACGUUCAUGAUGCAUUUUUUUACCAUGUAUCUGCUUGUCUUUAAUGUUAAAUACCACAUGCUUGACAUGUAUCACAUGAGUACUUUUAGACCACAGAGAUCUGUGGUUGAUGCUUGUGGACUGUGUAAACAGUGUUUGGGUCAAAGUUCAGCCUUCUGGGCAAAGUUUCUAGCAUUUUUGUUGCAGUAGAGAAGGUAAGCAUUAAGCCCUGUCUGUGGGACACUUUAUUUUUUACAAUGAGCUGAUUUAAUGUAACAUGCUAUGCACUUUUUAAUAUCUCAAAGUGUGGAUGUUUUGAUUAAACAGUCAAUAUUUAAACCACAGGUCUCCUACUGCACAGAGCAUGAGUUAAUGUUGAUAACUUCUUUAGCUAGAUGCAGCUUUUUAGAUGGCUUUUUAUUGUAACUCGUAUUUAAAUUGAUUCUCUGAUUUACUCAGAGUCACUGAUAAGAGAUUAAAGAGUGUUAAACUUG